UAAUCAUUUGAACAAAACGUGCUUUAGACCGUCCCCAACUGCACCUCAGUGCUCUCAUAACUGUUUCAUCAUUCAUAACGAAGCGAUCAUGUCCGUCCUCACACUCCCGACCGAGUUCCCCGCACUUGCAGGCAAGAUUGUAGUCAUCACCGGCGGCGCAAGCGGUAUUGGCGAGGGCUACGUACGCGUCGCUCGUGCUAAUGGGGCCAAUGUCGUCUUUGGCGAUCGAGAUCAGGUGCUCGGCAAUAAAGUCGCAGAAGCUCAUGGUGCUACAUUCGUUCCAACGGAUGUGACAUCUUAUGCAGACCAAUUGAAUCUGUUUGCGACAGCUUUCCAGAAGUACGGUCGAGUGGAUCAUGCCAUAGCGAACGCUGCAAUUUAUGAGCCAGAUUCGUGGUUUCCGGAGACAGCUGAUCUGGCGAGCGUUCAGAAGGAGCCAUCCUCACUGGUGUACGAUGUCAAUGUUCGUGGCGUGACCACCUUCUCGCAUAUCGCGUCCGUGUAUUUGCGGCAGGGGGUCACAUCUCCGACGAACGACGACAAGUCGCUCACAAUUGUUUCCUCCACGGCCGGAAUCCAUGUGGCACAUAAGACUCCACUUUAUGGGACCUCUAAAGCCGCAAUCAAUUACUUGGGCCGGGCGCUGUCCAAGACACUUCCGACCACACACGGGAUCCGCGUGAACGUCAUCUGCCCAUCAAUCACGCGUACGCCUUUGGCCGUCGCCGCCCACAUGAUCAAAAUGUUCGAAGACGCAGAGAUCCCGGUACAGAGCUCGGAGGACGUGGGCAACGUUAUCGCAGCGACCAAUUGCGAUCCCUCCAUGAAUGGCAAAACGCUGUAUGUCCACGCGGGAAAAGCCUAUGACUUGCAGCUGGACUCGCCUACGGUUCAAACUGAGGUGCUAGGCUCGGAGAUUCUCGAAACCAUGGGCAAACUAGCCAAGAGGUAUCAACGAUCUUCCUAGAGCAGUCGCUGUCCUAGUGCGCUCGUUUUGUGACGUAUGCGAAGGUUUCUGCUGUCGUAUAGUUGCUGUAGUAUUAUAUCAAUACAGGCGAAUCUGAAUGUUGUCAGCAGGAGGACCACGUUGACGUGUCUCAAAUAGCUCUCUGCAGCGCUUUUAUGCCAUUUGAUCAUGCUAAGAAGCACAUAACUCUCCGUGCUUGCGGAGAGUAAGCUCAUUUUGUCGGCAUCGCUUUCACCAAAAGGAUUUGGAUUCCACACAAUACCUGG